AUGACUCCUAGACUUUCGUUUUCUAGUUUCUCUUCUUGUCACUUGUGCCUUCUUGUUGUUUUGGCCUUGUUUCAUUCAUGCUCAUCCAAACAAAACUCUGAACAUGUAUUAUGCAUUGAUGCCGAGAGACAAGCACUUCUCCGGUUCAAGCAUGGCUUGACUGAUGAAACUCAUCGACUUGCAUCCUGGGUUGCCGAGAACAAAGAUUGUUGCAACUGGUAUGGGAUUACUUGUGAUAAUUCUACAGGUCAUGUUCAUCGGGUUCAUCUUCCUGGACAUGGUGGUCAUUGUCCUGCUUAUUCAGUUAGUUACUUCACUGAAAAAGAAUACACAGAUGCAUCAAAGCAGAGAUUGAAAGGGGAUAUAAGUAGAUCCUUGUUGGACCUAAAGCAACUCAAGCAUUUGGACUUGAGUUGCAAUGAUUUUAGAGGGAUCCAGGUUCCUAAAUUCAUUGGUUCUCUUCAAAACCUUAAAUAUCUUAACCUUUCGAAUUCCAAAUUUGGUGGAACUAUCCCUCCACAACUAGGGAAUCUUUCAAACUUGAACGUCCUUUGUCUUGGAAGUUUUCAUGAAUUCAACGAGGAAUCAACAAGCGUGAUGAAUAUACAGUGGUUGUCUGGUCUCGGUAUGUUGCAUCACCUGGAUAUGAGUGGUGUGGACCUUAGCAAAGCAGUUGAUUGGCUUCAGGUGAUCAAUACCCUUCCUUCUUUGGUUGAACUACAUUUAUCUAGUUGUGCACUCUCAGAUAUUCAUCCAUAUGUUCAUCGUCUUAAUCUAACGUCCCUUUCCUUACUUGAUCUUUCUGGUAACUAUUUUUAUAUAUCCGCGCCGCCACAGUGGAUAUCUAGUAUGACCAGUCUGGUUUCUUUAGAUUUAAGUAUGGGCUUUCUUGGCCCUCUUCCUAGCUUCCGCAAUUUGACAUCUCUUGAAUUUCUUUAUCUGAAUGGUAACAAUUUGAUGAACUCCUCAUUAGUAUUAGAAGAAUUGUCCAAUAGUAACCUCAUCUCAUUAGGUAUUAGUAAUUGUGGUAUUUCAAGUUCACUUAUCGAUUCACUUCACAACUUAACCUCUCUUCUUAGCCUUGACCUUUCAUACAAUCAACUCACCAGGAUAAUUCCUAAAUCAUUAGGUAACCUUUGUAAUGUAAGAGAGAUUGAUUUGUCACGUAAUAGUUUUGGUAAUAUUACUCUAACAUAUCUUCUUAAAAGUUUUCUUGAAUGCAAAUCACCUGCCUUAGAGUCAUUGUCCUUGCGUGGGAACUAUAUAGAUAGUAUAAUUCCUCUUACUAUAGGACAAUUAUCUCUUCUAAGGACGUUAGAUAUUAGUCUAAAUCAAGUUUCUGGUCCCAUACCAUACUCAAUGGGGCGAUUAUCUUCAUUGGAGGUGUUGGAUCUUUCAGAUAACCGCAUAAACGGCAGCCUUCCCAAUUGGAUUGGACGACUAUCAUCAUUGAAGGAGUUAAUUCUUUCAAAUAACCAACUAGAUGGCAACCUUCCUGAUAGCCUUGGUCAACUUUCAAAGUUGAAUUCUUUAGGUUUUUCUAACAAUUCGUUGACGGAUGUUGUGACAGAAUCUCACUUUGCAAAACUAGUGAGCUUGAAUUAUCUAGAUGGAGCAGGAAACAACUUAACUUUCAGACCGCAAGUUGAAAGCUGGAUUCCCGCUUUCCAGUUGCGGGAACUUUAUUUGAACUCUUGGGUUUUAGGGCCUGACUUUCCAUUGUGGUUGCAAUCACAAAAGAAAUUAACGGAACUGGACAUAAGUAACACACACAUUUCAUCACCCAUGCCGGAGUCAUUUGUUGAUUCAUUUCCCAAUCUUGCUUACUUAGAUAUGUCAGAAAAUCGCAUCCAAGGAAAUAUAACGUUGUUGGUUAUCCCUGCAACACUUGAGGAAGUCAACUUAAGCUUCAAUGAAUCGCUAGGGUCACUACAACAUUUAUUGUGUUCCAAUGGUGUCACAAAAAUAAAGUUUCUUAACUUGGGAAAUAAUAAUUUGUCUGGCGUCAUUCCAGACUGCUGGGAAAAGUGGCCGAGUUUAGGAGUCUUAAACUUGGAGAAUAACAAUUUGUCUGGUGAGAUUCCAAGAACAUUGGGUUCUAUACCUUCCUUAGAAUUCUUAAGCAUGCGCGGGAAUAAGAUCUCAGGACGUUUACCGUCUUCUCUUAUGAAAUUGAUGAAAUUAAAGGUCCUUCAACUUGGCAGAAAUGAACUUACUGGGAGAAUUCCAACAUGGAUUGGGACAAAACUCACUCUUUUGAGAUUACUCAACUUUAGAGCUAACAAUUUGGACGGAAGUAUUCCUCAUGAGAUAUGUUAUCUUAAAGAUGUUCAAAUCUUGGAUCUUGCUCAUAAUAAUCUUGAUGGAAAUAUUCCAAGUUGUUUUAACAACUUUAGCAUCCUUUCCGGCAUAGAAGCUACCCCAAGUGAUCUUUUUGCUUUCAAUUUUGGCCGCGGACCAGCUUAUACUAUUAUUGGUGAUUCAUUGGUGACAAAGGGACGAGAAGACACAUAUAGCACCAUUCUUGGACUAGUGAUGUUGCUGGACCUUUCGAGUAACAAUCUCGUUGGGCAUAUUCCAAGUGAACUAACAUCUCUGACAGAGUUAAGAUCAUUGAAUUUAUCAAGAAAUCAUUUGACCGGAAGGAUCCCAGAGAAGAUUGGUGGCAUGGAGUCACUUGAAUCAUUUGAUUUAUCAUUGAACAAUCUUUCUGGAGAUCUUCCCAGGAGCUUGUCAAUGCUGAAUUUCUUGAGUAGCUUCAACGUGUCCUACAACAAUUUCAGCGGAAGAAUUCCAACGAGUACUCAGCUCCAAAGCAUGAAAGAGUCCAGCUUCUUAGGUAACAAACUUUGUGGAGCUCCACUAACUCAAAAUAAAGGUUGUGUACCUCGUACUUCAACAACUGAUACAAGUCAAGAAGUAAAAGAAGACGGCGGAGGAGAUUGGGGGUUAAUUAUUAGCAUAGUGGUUGGUUUUGUUACUGGAUUUUGGAUAAUUCUGGGUCCAUUGAUAGUGAAGAGAUCAUGGAGGAUAGCAUAUUUUAAUUUCUUAAGUAGAUUGAGCUAUAUGGUUUAUAAUGUUACGCGUUCGUAUAAGUUUUGCAUCUGGCAGUUCAAUUUCCGUGAGUUUAACGUGAAUGACGAUGUUUUUGCAAAUGAUUCUGUUGAGCUGUUGAAACAGAGCGGUAUCGAUUUUAAGAAAAAUAAUGAAAACAGAAUUGAUGCGCGUAGAUUUGGCGAGUUGUUGAUAUCUUCAGGGAUUGUGCUGAAUGAUAGUGUGUAUUGGGUAACAUUUCACAGUGGAUAUGAUUUCGGAUAUUUGUUGAAAGUGUUAACAUGUCAGAAUCUGCCUGAUACACAAUCUGGAUUUUUUAGUUUGAUUAAUAUGUAUUUUCCCACCAUUUUCGAUAUUAAACAUCUGAUGAAGUUCUGCAACAGUCUUCAUGGUGGGUUGAAUAAGUUAGCUGAGUUAUUGGAAGUCGAAAGGAUUGGUGUUUGUCAUCAAGCGGGUUCGGAUAGUCUGCUUACUGCGUGUACUUUCAGGAAGUUGAAGGAUAAUUUCUUCAGCGGGUCGUUGGAGAAGUAUGCUGGUGUCUUGUAUGGUUUAGGUGUCGAUAAUUGACGACAAUGGUAGAGGAAAUAAGCAACGAUUUGUUAAAAAAGAUAUCGAUAUGUUGGUUUUGUUUGUUCUUGUUUGCGAUAUAUUCAUGGUUUACAUUUUUUUAUGAUUUAUAAUAAAAAGAUGCAGCUGGUAUUUGAUGUCUA